AUGGUUGCAGUGAAUUCGAUUACUCCAUUCCAGGUCUUUGUCGAAUUAUAUGAUUUGGAUUUGCAAAAAGGAGGCGAAUGGAUGGAAACUGCGCGAUGGAUCAAAUAUGAAGAGGUAUACCUGAAAAUUCUCAACACUAAGCGAACUGAAAGUCUUUCUUUUUAA